AUGAAGAAGACCACGGGCAUCGUCGCCUUCGUCGCCGCCGCCGCCUCGGUCGUCUCCGCCGCGCCCGUCGAGCCUCGUGAUGCCGUCGACCUGGCCCAGGCCGGCGUCGACACGGCCUUUAGGCUCGCCGGCGACACCCUCUCCCUCGCCGUCGACCCGCUGACGGCGCUGACGACCAAGCGUACGGUCGAGGAGGAGACGGACUAG